AUGGGAGUGUGCCAGUCACUGUUAACGUCUGAUUCCGAGGUUCGGGAGCAGUACAAAGUGUCUAGAGCAAUAGACAAGGAUUUGGAGAAGAAAAGCGACUAUUUAGAACAGAAAAUUUUACUGCUUGGUCCUGGCGAAAGCGGAAAGUCAACAGUUUUGAAGCAAAUGAAGUUAAUGCACCAAUCCGCCUAUUCCAGUCACGAAUUAAUGGAGAAAAAGUAUUUGGUUUUCUUAAACAUCAUGCAAGGAAUGCAGCAAAUGUUGAAUUUCGUGGAAGAGAAUUCUCUGCAGCUUAGUGAGGCGCUUCAAGAGUGUGCUGAUUAUGUAACAAAGUACAUCAAAAAGCAUGGUCUAGAUUGUCUAGAGUUGGAGACCGAUUUGGUGGCAAUGCUUAAAAAGCUGUGGGCUUCUGAAGCUGUUCAAACAGCAUUCCAGCAUAGGAGCCGAUAUCACUUGACCGACAGUGUUGAAUAUUUCUACGAUGAAAUAGACCGAAUUAGCGCGCCUUCAUAUGUUCCUUCAAGUGCUGAUAUUCUCCAUACAAGGGUUCCCACGACAGGCGUGGUACGUGUCGAGUUCGUCCUUAAAAAUAUUAAAUUCCAAGUGGUUGAUGUUGGCGGCCAGAGAUCUGAAAGAAAAAAGUGGAUUCAUUGUUUCGAUGAUGUCAAUGCAAUUCUGUUUAUCGCUGCUGUCAGCGAGUUUGACCAAAAGGUCGUCGAGGACAACGCAACCAAUCGAAUUGAUGAAGCUCUAAAAUUGUUUUAUGACAUCGCCAAUUCAAAAUACUUCAGACCAGCAUCCCUUAUUUUAUUCCUGAAUAAAAUCGAUUUGUUUCGCAAGAAAAUCACCAAUGUCUUUAUUUCAGACCAUUUCACUGAUUUUAAGCAAGAAAAUACGUAUGAAAACGGAAUGUUAUUUUUCCGUAAAAAGUUCGAACGUUUAAUCCUUGACAAUGCGAAAAGAGCGUAUGUUCAUGAGACCUGUGCUGUGUCCGACACUGUCCAAAUAGUGCUCAAUUCGGUGAUUGAUACAAUUGUUCAGGAGAAUCUCAAAGACACUGGAAUGAUUUAG